AUGCCCUUUCCGCCAGGUGCCAUCAGACUAUACACUUCACGCCUGGAGAGCACUCGCCAAUGCCCUUUUCGCCAGGUGCCGCCAGGAUAUACUCUUCACGUCUUGAGAGCACUCGCCAACACCCUCUUCACCAGGCACCGCCAGGCUCUACUUUUCAAGCCUGGAGAGCACUCGCCAACUCCCUCUUCACCAGGCAAGGAUCGGGGAUAUCACCUGCGUCCAGAGAGCACCUGCCAAUGCUCCCUUCACCAAGCUCCUUUGAAGAAUAUUACUCGCCUCCGGAGGGCACUCGCCAAUGCUCUCUCUGCACCGUCAGUGGAUAUCACCCACAUCCGGAAAGCACUCGCCAAUGCUCUCUUUGCGCAUCUCCGCCAAAUGAAUUGGCUCACGUUGGAGAUCAUUGGGCAAUUCCUUCUUCGCCUUGCUUUGCAGGAGAUAUUCCUCACGUUCAGAGAGCAUUCGCUAAUGGCCCGGUUACAUGCUGAGAGUUAUUGUUAG